GCCUACCUACAGGCAAAGUAGGUCUCCUUCCAAGCAAAGGAGGCAGAAUGAGAGAAGAGGAUGCAAGACCUCGAGACCAAGUAUGCACGGCAGGCUCCAACUGCAGUAGUGGAUUGGACAGAGGUCCAAGGGUUUGAGAUCAGGGAGCGGCCUGCAGAAGAGGCCUUCAAAUGCCAGAAGGAAGAAGAGAAGGCGGACCAACAGGAGGGCGAGGAGAUUCCCCUGAUAGACAAAGAGAUGUUGGCGCCGCUAGGGGCACUUGCUGAGAAGGACUCGGAGGUCGGAGGGUUUGAGUGGAGGAUGUUGGUUGGCCUGACACUUGGACAGGAGUCAGUGAUGCCACAAGCGAGGCCACCAGCUGAGGCCAUAGGAGUUGAAGUGGUUCCGCCUACAGCUCAGGGAGAGACCAUGGGACAGCCAAAGGGUCAGGAGAGCGUGGGUCAGACCAUGGUUGAGGCUGAGUCAAGGAAGGAUUUGAAGGGAUGUCAGGAAUCGGCUAUACCUCAGGAUAUGCCUCUGGUUGCCAGUCUGCAGGACGCAUUGGGAUCUUGGGCCACUGGUUCGGGGCUAGGGGUACGUGGCGACGAGCAGGUGAUGCGAGCAGAUGACAGAGCGACCUGCCCCACUUCCCCAGAGGUUCCGCAGCAGAAGGUCACGAGUAAGGCCACUGAAGCCCCGUCAUCAGCACCCUCGCAGGAAGGAGACAAGAUGUCCCAGAAUAAGAUUGGCAAAUGCUUCUACUGCAAGAAGGGCAAGCAUCGAUCUGACGACUGCCCUAAGAGCCUCAAGGACGAGGCAAAUGGUUUGGCCAUCAGAGAGUCAUCUAGAGUGUGGACAGAUAAAAAUGGAUUUCUGGUGCCCAAAACUCGUGAUGGGGUGAGGGCGCAGUUGUAUAGGCAACUGCAGGAGAGCAUGAGUGAUCAGGAGUAAGAUUCUUUUAAUAAGGACCGAAAAAGGUUUAAGUCUAUGCAAAACAUCCCUGACUCUCUGACUGAUGGUCACGUGCAUAUAGAGGGAUACAUGGAGGAUUGGAUCAGACCCAUGUACAUCAGCGAGCUGAGCCAGUAGUGGGAUGUCUACUUUCGCAUAAUAGACCUAUGGAUUUUUUUGUACAUGAGAUAACACUGUGCAUGAUUCUGACUAUUUUUCUCUCUUUCACUAGUGUGGUGCGGAGUGUUCUUAUAAUACCCUUGUGUAAAGUUAUGGUUCCCUCAUCAGCUAGAGUAGAGUAACGCUCAUGAGUAUGGAGUGGCUGACGAUUUCUGAUACCUUGACAUUUGGAUACCUUAAUUCUUUGUUGGAUACUGUGAUUUCUUGUUGGAUACUUGAACUCUUUGUACGAUAUUUGAUUUCUUUUGAUAAGGACGGAGUCCUUGCUCAUUGCAGGACCCCGUAUUCUGUAUGCAUAUGUGAGUCUCAAACCUUGUCUUUUUCGUGUGUAUGGUGUGUCACACUCACUCUCAGUUUGUGGACUUGCCCAUAUGGAUGAUGGUGUGGUGAAAUGAAUGUUAUGAAGUGAA